AGAUGUUCUUGGUUGAGAAUUCGUUAUCGACUGCUCAGAUGGGAACGACAUCUUUCAUUAUGUCUUGUUUAACAUGAUUUUCAGAAAGUGGACGAUUGCAUCCAGUGUGUCUCGUUGUGCAGGCGUUUCUUUGUCGCAGUAACCGACCCUCCCUCCCUGCAGGUUAAUAAUGCUCGCAUCUGAACACCCACGCCUGCUCAUCGGACUGUAAAUGUUCUUCGUAUACGUGCCCCCUUGUCGUGUGCAUGGUAGCUUUCGACGGGGCUUGUUUUUUUAGACGGAGUCCACCAAAGAUGUAUUCCUUGACGCUUUCGAAAGGGACUGAGAGCGGUUCUCAUCAUAAGCUUUGAUGACAUAUAAUGGUGUACGAUAUAGACAGUGACAGAUAUAAUUACCACCACAAUUCCAAAAUGCCGAGGCUAAGACGAAUAUUUCUUUCACCGAGUAGAUUUCUAUUAACAGUAGCCACGAUAUCAGCGUUCGGGUUUUAUUUAUAUACUUCUAAUUUGACUGCAAACUCGAGAUUUGUCGACAAUGGAGUUCUUGACAGGCGCCUCGAGAAAUUCGUAGCUGAUGACAACACCGGGGAUAGCAUGGACUUUAAACCGGAAACCGGGCUGCCAUUGGACUUGAACUACACGAGAAAUAUCAGCAAACUGAUUUUCAACAGAGUUGGAAAAUGCGGUAGUCGCAGUAUGGUCCAUACCAUCGAUAUUUUAGCCAGGAAGAAUAAUUUUCCUAAUAUGAAAAGCCAAGUGUUCACACAGAAGCGGUUGAACGAACAGGAACAAGCCGAAUUUGUGGCUGAGGUGGACGUACUCGACCCACCGUACAUCUACAAUCGCCAUAUCGAUUACGUCGACUUUUCAAGAUUUGGUUCCGAACAGCCUUACGGGAUCAAUUUAAUCCGUGAUCCUUUAGAUAGAACUAUUUCCUUCUAUUAUUAUACACGGUUCGGCGAUGCUACCUAUCAGCGAGAAGCCGGUGCCACCAUGAAAGAUCUCAACCAAACGUUCGAUGAGUGUGUCCUGUUUGAUAAAGAAGAGUGUAGUACCAACAACACGUUUCGAAUCAUACCGUACUUCUGUGGACAAGACGACAUGUGCCGAGUGCCAUCCAGGUGGGCGUUGGAGACGGCAAUCCGCCACGUUGUCAAGGACUACGUCUUCGUAGGUAUACUGGAAGAUUUUGAAAACACUCUGCGUAUUUUGGAGAUCAUUAUGCCGCAGUUCUUUGGUGGAGCCAGCGAAGCCUACUCGACCAUUGUCACCAAGGGUGAUGUCCAAUCAUUCAAGUCCGUGUCCAGAAAAGAACCAGCCGAAGUGGCCACUACCAUCAUGAAACAACGCAUGGCCUAUGAAUACGAGUUCUACGAUUUUGUUAAACGGCGAAUGGAACUGAUUAAGAAACAAUUACACUUAACUUAAUUAAAUUGGAGGGGGAAGGGAUAGUGUGUCUAUGAGUUUGAACUUGAAUAAUACAACAGUUGUAAAGCACAUACUCAAAGAAAA